CCUCUGGAUCCCUCCUGUCUCUAUCUGAAGAAAGAACCUGCCACCCAUCAUGUCCAACAUGUCGGUGAGGAGCUUCUCCCUGGGCCGUCAGCCCUCCUUCUCCAGUCGCUCUCUGAUGGACACUAGCCGUGCUCGCUCCCGUGCGUCCGUGUCCUUCGCAGCAGCCAGCCCACUGAGCCGCUCGGCCUCCAUCAGCCAGGAUCUCAACGGGCCGGGCAGCCUGCAGCUUAACGGCAUCCACGGCAACAGCGCCAACGAUAAGGAAGCCAUGCAGAGUCUCAACACCCGUCUGGCCAACUACCUGGACAAGGUGCGUUCACUGGAGCGCUCCAAUGCCGACCUGGAGGCGAAAAUCAAGCAGGUGAUGCUCGACCGCAUUCCCAAAGGUCAUGACCUUGAUUCCAUGAUGGCCCAAGCCCAUGCUGUUGAGCAAGAGGUGAGGAAGAGGACCUUGGAAAACGCUCGUCUCAUGUUAGAGAUUGAUAAUGCUAAACUGGCUGCUGAUGACUUCAGAAUCAAGUGGGAGACUGAGCUGGUGAUGUGUCAGUCUGUGGAGCGAGACUGUGUUGCUCUGAAAAAGGCCAAGACCGACCACGAGCAGAUUAUCUCCUCCCUGAGGGGAGAUCUGGACAGCCUGAAAGAAGAACUUUACUUCCUCAAGAAAAACCACGAGGAGGAACUGGAGCAGAUGAAGUCUCGUAUUGCCAGAGAUGAGGUGAAUGUGGAGGUGGACUCGGCCAGCGGGCCGGAGCUGGGCACCAUUCUGUCUGACCUGCGCUCCCAGUACGAGGGGAUCGUCAAGAAGAACAAGGACCAAGCAGACCAGUGGUACCGCAAAAAGCUGGAGACGGUGCAGAACGAGGUGAAGGAGAGCAACGAGGCUCUGAGAGGAGCUCAGAGCGAGCUGGUGGAGAGGCAGCGCUUCCUGCAGACUCUCGAGGUGGAGCUGGAGAGUCUGCACAAACAGAUCGCAGCACUGGAAGGUAACCUGGGUGAGACGGGUCAGAAAUACUCCUCUGAGAUGGAGCGGCUGCAGGCCACCCUGAGCCAGAUGGAGGACGACCUCUCCCAGCUCAGACUAGACAUGCAGCGCACCAAGACCGACUAUGAGCAGCUGCUCCGCAUCAAGCAGAACCUGGAGAUGGAGAUCGCCACCUACAGGCGCCUGCUGGAGGGAGAAGAGACAAUCAAAGAAGUUCCUCCUCCACCCAAAAAAGAGCCUGACGUUCGCACCAGGAAGAUUGUAAAGGUGGUGACUCAGACGAUGGUCAACGGCAAGGUGGUGGACGAAUCCAGCGAGGUGGAGCAGAUUGAGGAGACCAAAAAGUAAAAAAAAUGAGAGAAAGUGAAGAUGGUGGGGGGAAAAAAGAAAAGGAAAGUAGUAGAAAAUGACACAGGGAUAUGCAAAACCAAGAGAAAAAAGGGUGUCAGAAUAUUACACAUGAGCUGCGGAGCAUCAUUUAUUCAACAGAGGAAAUAUUGUUUUGAAUAGGGAAUUUUGGGGGCAUUGCUCGACUAUGAAUGUUUUGUAUUUUUCAGAGAAUUGUUUUCUCACAGUUGACUAAUCAGUGACGCCUUGAUCAAUUUUUUGUUUCUGGAGAAAAUGCCACAAACAUAAAAGACCAGUCCUGCUGUAGCUAUGCAUGCUUAUAAUCAUUUAGAAUAGAGAUGUGUUUGUUUGUUUGUGUGUUUGCUUGAGAGCAACUAAAUAACCAUCUUCAUACUGUUUUACUAAAAAAAAAAAAAAUACUGUGUACUUAAGCAAGAUAUUUAUUACUUAGUGUGGAAAAGUUUACUUUAGUAAAUGUAAUACUUUACAAGAAUAUCAUUUAAUUGACUGUUUUUGUGUUUGUACUCUGUACUGUCUAAAUAAAGUUUCUUUAAUCCAU